AUGGCGCAGCAGGAACACCAUCAGUCGGGGAUAUCCGUCCUUACUCUAGAUGGUGGCGGAGUGCGCGGCCUCUCGACCCUUCAUAUAUUGAAAGCGUUAAUGAAUAGCGUCAAUAGCCUUCGCGCAGAACAAGGUCUCAGCAGGGUCAAACCCUACCAAAUCUUUCAUAUUAUCGCCGGUACUGGUACCGGAGGGCUUAUUGCUAUCAUGCUUGGUCGUCUGCGCAUGGACGCUGAAGAAUGUAUUCUGGCGUAUGAGCAGCUUUCUAAAGAAGUCUUCAACGAUUCCGAAAGCUUAAUAGGCAGAGCUACUACAUUGAUAUCCGGAACAGUCAAACCGAGGUUCAACAGCGCAAAGUUAGAGAGCCAGAUUUUACGUAUCGUGGGACAGCGAUUGGACGGCGAAGACCCAAAGACAGCUCUCCUAUACGACCAAUCUCUCGGUAGUACUUGCAAAGUCCCCACUAUCGUCGAAGCUGCGCUUGCAACGUCCGCAGCGACAACCUUUUUCGAUGAAGUGGAAAUCGAUGGCCAGGUCUUUGUUGACGGUGCUCUGGGCGCCAAUAAUCCUGCUAAUGAAGCCUUCAGAGAGAUUCGAAAAAUCUACGGUGAAACGCCUGCCGAUGCUGAGUCUCGUUUGAAAUGUUUCGUUUCCAUCGGCACCGGGAAUAUUCCAGGUGAAUUCAGCGACAACGUUUGGGAAUUGAUUCGCGAGAGAAUGCUCAGCUUGGUAACAGAAACAGAGCGGACCGCAGAAGACUUCGAGAAAGACCACUCCGAACUAUUCAAAUCUGGGCGCGCAUUCCGUUUCAACGUACAUCACGGUCUCGAGAAGGCAUCGCUGGACGAUCAUAACCAGAUGAGUAUCAUCGGAGCAAAAAUCAGGAUCUGGAUAAAUCAGACAAAGCAGACGAACGAGAUACAAGGCGCUUUAGAGCUCGCUAAAUUUGGAAUAGGUCUUUGGAAUUACUCACUGGUCUGGAUGAAGGAUUUCUUACAUAAGAUGAAUGAUUUCCUGGAUAAGAUGCAGAUUCUACUACAUAUCCAAAGUACCGACAGAUGGCUUGCAUGGAUCGUGGUGUUUCCCUUGGUGGUCGGAUUGCUUAUGAUCUUUCUUCAACUUACUGGAGCUUUGUCGAACGCAAAGCUGCUACAGACCUUCAGAAUGCAGCCACAGCUCGACGGUAAUCUACCAAUUUUUGCAGUCAUAGGAGCGACUGGAGUCGGCAAGAGUUCUUUCAUCAAGACAGCGGGCGGCCUCAACUUUAUGUCUGGUGAACAGCCUGUCAUCGGCGAAACUUUGGUCUCAGAAACUGUGAACUCGCAAAUUUAUAGGUUCGCUUCCAAGUCCCAAGACGGAUACCUGAUCGAUACGCCGGGGAUCGAUGAGAGUAACAGAACGCGAACGGACGUGGAAAUCAUGCAAACAAUACACAAUCAGCUUGAUAGGCUCAAGAAGCGCGACAAGCUUUUAAUGGGCCUCAUUUUCAUGUAUGACAUCAGUCAGCCACGUGCGUAUGGGACUGUGCUUAAGGCUAUGGACACGACUGCCGAUAUGAUCGAGCACUUGCUGGGCUCGAAUGGUAUUGCAAAGCUCACACUGGUCACGACCAAAUGGACCGAGAAUCCUUCCAGAGAGGUCAGAGACCGCGAAGAGCGCCGCGAGCUUCACUUGCGAGAUAAUAUUUGGAAUUGGCAAUUGAGAUGCAAUUCAGCAAUACAAAGAUAUGACAACAAAGUCUUUUCAAUCAAGACAGCACUCCACCUCACCAGCUCCAAAUCAAACCUCUCGAUCGCCCGGCUGCUACUGUCGCAUGGUGCCUCUGCUCGUGUGAAAGACAAAAGGGGGCAAUUGCCUCUUCAUAGAGCCGCUGCGAUUGGUAGUGUGCCCCUCAUCGAAUUGAUGGUUGCAAAUCGGAGUCCUGUAAAUGCGACUGACGUCGCUGGAUUGAGCCCGCUACAUCAUGGUGAGUAG